AUGUGUGAAAACCUUCGACUUGUUUUUCCACAAUGGCAAGGAGGUGAGCCAAAGUUGAUAGAUGAAUGCGUGAAAGACUUCGAUCCCAAAACCAAAGCUCAAGGAUAUUCAAUUGGAUCUUAUUUAUUAAACUUCCUUGCAUCGAAAUCAGAGACACCAACAGAAAUCGUUCCUGUAUCUGAUGAGUUCAAUGAAGAUAUAUUAAAAACAGAAAAAGAGAUUUAUGCAUACCAAAUUUUAAAGAAACAAUUGGAAGCGGCAUUUAAUAUACUCAACAUCAGGAAGCCAAAGAGAAUUGUCACAUUUGGAGGUGAAUGCUCAGUAAGUAUUGCUCCAUUUACAUAUCUUGCAUCAUUAUAUAAAGAUGAUAUCUCUCUAAUUUGGAUCGAUGCUCAUAUGGACUUCUUCAUUCAAGGCGAUGGAAACAUUGGAUUCCACGGAAUGCCAAUGUCAUUAACACUUGGUAUUGGCGAAGAAGAAAUCAAAAAGAUGCUUCCAGGAUCCAUUGACCCAAGCAAUGUUUUGCUUGUUGGUUUAAGAUACUUCUUGAAAUCUCUCGAGGAAAGAAGAAAGUCAAUGGGCAUUCCUUACAUUUCUCCAGAGAAAGCAAAUGAAUCAACAACUGAAAUCAUGGAUUUCCUUCACAAGAAAGGAAAUUCUAAAGUUGUUAUUCAUUUUGAUUUAGAUUCACUUGAUCCUAGUGAUUUGAGUGUUUGCAUGGCUCCCGAACCAAAUGGUCUAAAAGUUAACACAGUUGUUAAAAUUUUCCAAGAGAUCAGUAAGGAAUAUGAUAUUGUCGGACUUACUCUCUCAGAGAUCUUCCCACGAGAAGUCAUCAAACUUCGAAAUCUUGUUCAUAGCAUUCCAGUAUUUUAA